AACUUGUAGUUAGACGUGCUGGUAGUCGACCGCUGCACUUUGAGAUUCUGUAAGAGCGCGCCAUCACCUGUAGAAAGAAAGGGGCGUGGCGUUGCGCGCGAGGAGAAGUGAUCCGGUCUGGCUUUGGACCGCGAGACGUCGGUACAGUUUGCUCGUGCGAGGUUUGAGUCAAGCACUAUAAGAACUUGCGCUAAACUACCGAGUCGUCCUUUUGCUUAAAAGCAAGUCCUCUGCAGUAAUAAUCCGAGCGCGGGAUUGCCCGAGUUCUCCACUCAGCGCUCUGCAUGUCUGCUUGUCGGCUCGUGCGGGGAAAUGGACACGGUGAUGUCUCGGACACUUGGAGCCUUGCUGGCUUUGACUUUACUGCGCGUGUUCCCAGCUGAUUCACAGCGAGUGGAGAUGCCAAAGAAAGAUCUGGAAGUAAUUAAAGGCCAGAUGGUGGUUCUGGAGGCCUGGUACACCCCCACAUCUGCCAUUGAGAAGAACAUCAUCAUCUGGAACUUCAUGGCCAAUGACUCCAAACAAAUCAUCUCCUACACGUCAGGCCAGACCGGGAUGGGGAGCCCCGAAUUCCGGAGUCGUGUGGGCUUUGUGGCGUCCAUGCCAUCCGCCAACCUGUCCAUCUACAUCAACAGCACGGAGGAGACAGACUCGGGUCGCUACCUCUGCAACGUCAUCGUGCCCGGGGCGCCGGGCUUGUCCGGGGAGCUCCGUCUCAACGUGAAGGUGCCUCCCUCUACCCCCAUGUGUUCCGUGACGGGGGAUCCUGUGGUAACAGGCAACGUGACGCUGAGCUGUAAGUCCAACCUUGGCAAACCCCUCCCUCGGUACAGAUGGACCAAGGCCGCUCCAUUCUCAGCAGUUUUCUUCUCUCCAGCACAGACUUGCGAGGUUACUGUGACGACAGCCCAUGCUGCUCUGCUUUCAGAUGAGCAGCAGGGCAGUCUCAGGCUGAGCAACCUCACGUUGGGCAUGUCAGGCGAGUACGUGUGCAGGGCCAGUAACACGGCUGGGAGCGCCAGCUGCAACAUUAUCCUGGAAGUGUCCACGCCCCGCAACACCUGGCUGAUCGCCGGAGCCGCCCUGGGCUCGCUGGUGGGACUUGCGGCCCUCGUCCUCUUCCUCACCUUCAUCCUAAGGAGGAUCCACGACCACGAGGAAGAGGAGAUGGCCAAUGACAUCAAAGAAGAUGCCCAGGCCCCAAAGAGGGUCUCCUGGGUCAGGAGCAGCACGGGCUCAGACAUCGUCUCCAAGAAUGGAACGCUGUGUUCCAUAGCUUCCAGCCCUCCACCACAGGACCCUCGGAACACGCCACACAGCCUCUCCCCAUCCCCCCCUGGGGCAUGUGACGACUCCUCGGUGCUUACUGCAUCUAGCAGCAUGGUGCCCUACCCAGGGGACCCGGAGGGCAGUAACCCACUCCACGGGCUGCCUGGGUAUAACGGGAGCAAGGCUUCCACCCUUGCUCACCUCCGCCGGCCUCGCCCGCACCCACAGCCGCUGAGCUCGGACAGCGGCUCUGGUCCCAGGCCUGGAGGGGCUCGGCCCCAGGCCCCGUGCCUGGCCCUCGGGCCUGCCGCCUCUACCGCGCUGUCCCGCGUGGGUGCCGUGCCAGUCACAGUGCCCAGUCAGAAUCAGGCGGGCUCGCUCGUGUAGCCCAGUCAGUGACUGGAGGAACUUAAGACAACACUUUGACAACGUCUUUGACUCUGCUCGAGGCAUCCUGAGGUGGAAAGAAUGGAAAGAGUUCUGACUCAUGGUCUCAUGAUGAAAGCAAAAGUGUGGGGGUACUUAACAAUGAUCAGAACUUGAAUUUGGAGUUUUUCAGAACUUUUCUAACUUUUGUACUAAGAAACAUACCACUAUUUAGAUUCUUACUGGGCUUAAACACACACCGGUGGGGCAAUAGUUUAAUGAUUUAAGUCUCCAGCCUCCUCCUGAAGGGAGUUAAGCUCCUUCCUACAUCUCACACAGCGGUUCAGACUAUUACUAGAGUGCUGCGGAGAUUUGAAUUAUCUGAACUGUGUUACAUUUGGGUUGGAGCUAAACUCUGCAGUAAGAACUCUGCUAGGUCUUCUUUUCAGAUAUAUAGAGGAAGUCAGAAUAUUUGUUUUGAACAGUGUUAAGGAAGUCUUAAUAUUGAUAAUUGUGCUAAAGGCAAAUAUCAACAAUGGGAAAUAGCAAUUAGUAACGUCUGGGUUCAAUAAUUUACUAAAGGUUACUUUUAUAUUUUAGAUUCA